GUCAUUUCCGGGAAAUUUCAGAUUUAUUUUAGAUUUAUUCCCUAAAUCUUGAGUUUUUUCAAAUUUCAAAUACCUAAAUAUCUUUUUGUUCAACUGAAUUGAAAUAUGAAGCUUUGUUAUUGGGCAUAGACUAAUUAUAAAAGAUAUAUCAUUUACACGAGAUUUAGUACGAGAUUUCAAAAAUUCCAAACAAAAAUGAGAGCUGUGCCAACUUGGGUUGAUAAAGUCCAUGAUAGAGACAAAGUAGAACAAUGUAUUUGGGAUCUCUGCUUUAGACCAGAUGGAUCUCAACUGAUAGUUGCUGCAGGGAACAGAGUUCUUGUAUACGACACCAAUGAUGGUACACUUGUGCAGCCUCUUAAAGGGCAUAAAGACACUGUAUAUUGUGUCGCAUAUGCAAAAGAUGGAAAGCGGUUUGCAUCAGGAUCUGCGGAUAAAUCAGUCAUUAUCUGGACUAAUAAAUUGGAAGGGAUUUUGAAAUAUACUCACAAUGAUGCUAUUCAGUGCCUUGCAUAUAAUCCAGUCUCACAUAAGCUGGCCAGUUGUGCAAUCACAGACUUUGGGCUCUGGUCUCCUGAACAGAAAUCAGUCUCUAAGCAUAAACUUGGUGCCCGUGUGACUUGUUGUUCAUGGACCAAUGAUGGACAAUACCUCGCCUUGGGACUAUACACUGGCUCUGUCAGCGUGCGUAAUAAGGCUGGUGAAGAGAAAGUAAAGAUAGACAGACCUGGGGGUGGCUUGAGUCCUAUAUGGUCAAUAACAUGGAACCCAUCAAGGGAGGAGGCCUAUGAUAUUCUGGCAAUUGCUGACUGGGGACAGAAACUUUCUUUUUAUCAACUGUCGGGAAAACAGAUUGGUAAGGAUAGGUCCCUAGGAUAUGACCCCUGCUGUGUGAGCUGGUUCAGCAAAGGGGAGUAUGUUGUCAUUGGUGGUUCAGACAAGCAAUGCUGCUUGCAUACUAAAGAGGGUGUUAAACUUGGAGUGAUUGGGGAACAGAAUUCUUGGAUGUGGUGCUGUCAGGCCAAGCCAGACUCUAACUAUGUGGCUGUUGGGUGCCAAGAUGGGACAAUUGCCUACUACCAAUUAAUAUUCAGCACGGUACAUGGAUUGUACAAGGACCGCUAUGCGUACAGGGACAACAUGACAGAUGUCAUUAUACAGCAUCUUAUAACAGAACAGAAAGUCCGAAUAAAAUGCAGAGACUUGGUGAAGAAAAUAGCAAUCUACAGACAUCGACUAGCGGUUCAGCUGCCAGAUAAGAUUGUCAUUUAUGAGCUGUACUCAGAUGAUGCUGCAGACAUGCAUUACAGAGUGAAAGAGAAGAUUUUACGCAAGUUUGAGUGCAACCUACUGGUAGUCUGUUCACAGCACAUCAUUUUGUGUCAGGAGAAACGACUGCAAUGCCUGUCAUUCAAAGGAGUGAAGGAACGUGAAUGGGUGAUGGAGUCACUUAUACGAUACAUCAAAGUCAUAGGGGGGCCACCUGGCAGGGAGGGACUUCUUGUAGGUCUCAAAAAUGGACAGAUUCUGAAGCUCUUCACAGACAAUCCAUUUCCGAUCACCCUGCUGAAACAGAACACUUCUAUUCGUUGUUUGGACAUGAGCAUGAUGCGACAAAAACUUGCUGUUGUGGAUGAACACAAUACUUGCUUGGUGUAUGAUUGUACUUCAAAGGAACUACUUUUCCAGGAACCGAAUGCCAAUAGUGUUGCCUGGAAUACCCACAAUGAGGAUAUGCUUUGCUUUAGUGGGGGAGGUUUUCUCAAUAUCAAAGCCAGCAAUUUCCCAGUGCAUCAACAAAAGCUACAAGGGUUUGUUGUUGGCUUUAGUGGCUCUAAGAUAUUCUGUCUGCACAUUUACUCCAUGUCAUCUGUUGAGGUUCCCCAGUCUGCCCCCAUGUACCAGUACCUAGAGAAGAAAAUGUUCAAGGAGGCAUACAGGAUAGCAUGUCUAGGGGUGACAGAUGGUGAUUGGGAGGCCUUGGCUCAUGAGGCUCUGGAAGGACUGGACUUUGACACUGCUAAGAAGGCAUUUAUACGUAUCAGAGAACUGAGAUAUCUAGAACUAAUACAUAAUAUUGAGGAACGACGUAAGCGUGGUGAAACUGAUCCUCAAGUGUUCCUAGCAGAUGUCUGUGCAUACAGAGGCAAGUUCCAGGAUGCUGCUAAACUAUACAAAAGGACAGGUCAUGAGGAGAAAGCUAUGAAUAUGUACACAGAUCUCAGGAUGUUUGAUUAUGCCAAAGAAUUCGUAGGGUCAGGUGAUGCUGGUGAUAAAAAGAUGCUGAUCUCAAAGCAAGCAGACUGGGCUAAGAACAUCAAUGAACCAAAACAGGCAGCAGAGAUGUACAUAUCUGCUGGGGAAUACUCAAAGGCUAUAGAAAUCAUUGGAGACCAUGGCUGGUCAGACAUGUUAAUAGAUGUGGCCAGGAAGCUGGAUAAGGCUGACCGAGAGUCUCUGACUAAGUGUGCUAUGUAUCUGAAACGUUUGGAACAGUAUGCCUAUGCUGCUGAAAUCUAUGCAAAGAUGGGUGAUAAUAAAGCACUUGUUACACUGAGGGUGGAGGCUAGACAUUGGGAUGAGGCAUUUGCUCUGGUGGAGAAGCACCCAGAGUACAAGAAUGAGGUGUUUGUACCAUAUGCCCAAUGGCUGGCAGAAAAUGAUAGAUUUGAGGAGGCUCAACAAGCAUUCCACAAGGCUGGUUUACAAGCUGAGGCAGUCAAGGUUCUUGAGCAGCUUACUCAUAAUGCAGUAGUCGAGAACCGAUUCAAUGAUGCAGGCUACUAUUUCUGGAAGUUGUCCAUGCAGUGCCUUGAUAUUGCUAGAGAUGACACAGAGAAGAGAGAUGAAAUGCUCUAUAAAUUCCAAGACUACCAGAGAAAGGCAGAGAUGUACUAUGUUUAUCAUUCUAUACAGAGAUACACAGAUGAACCUUUCACGUCCCAUCUACCAGAUGCAUUAUUCAGUAUGUCACGCUAUCUGCUGCAUGCAAUGAUGCCAGAAAUACCACAUGGAAUCUCCAAAGUAAAUACACUGUAUGCCUUGGCCAGACAGAGUAAACAGCUGGGUGCAUACAAGUUCUCUAGAUUUGCAUACGACAAGCUACAAACAUUACGUAUACCCCCAAGGUUCCAGGAGUCUAUUGACCUUGGAUGUGUGACCAUAAGAUCAAAGCCAUUCCACGAUAAUGAGGAGUUACUCCCCUUGUGCUACAGAUGUUCCACAACAAAUCCACUACUGAAUAACCAAGGCAACCAGUGUAUAAACUGCAGCCAACCAUUUGUACAUUCCUUUGUCUCUUUUGAGGUGUUACCCCUGGUAGAGUUUGUCCUGGAAGAUGGUGUUGAAGAUGAAGAGGCGGUGAGACUGAUAGACCUAGAACCACCUCGUAAACGCAACAAGACUGGCUCUGAUUGGCAGGAACAGAAAUCAGGAUAUGGUGAAUCAUUGCGUUUGGAUGACAAUCAAGGUGAUGAACCGGGUGAUGAGGAUCCAUUCACUGCUAGACUGAUGACAUUUGAGCAAGGAGGAAAUGAGUUUGUACCUGUGAUCGUGAAUACCUCCGUACUGAAGUCCCUGAACAGGAAUGAAGUGAUCAUUCUGAAGUGGAGCAAACCAUUGAGAUAUCAGUACUUCAAAAAUCUCAUGCCAGAUGUGUCAAUCACAAAAUGUUCAUUUUGCAACAAGUUAUUCCAUACAGAUGACUAUGAACUUCAAGCCCUCCAGAAGCUGCAAUGCCCAUAUUGUAGAAAUCCCACUGAAUCUAAUGAACAUAACGAGCAUUCAAAUGACUGAAGAAGUUGAAUACGCCCCAUAAGUUUAUGAACAUAAUGGACAUUCAAAUGUGGCUUUUGACUUUGGGGUUAUUAACAUUCAAUGAUCUGACCAGAAUAGAUCAGGAAUGAAUAGAAGGAUUUUCAAAUUAAACUCUUCUCACUGAAGUUUAGUAGAAGACGAUCAUAUCAAAUUGACAACUAAAUCUACAUGCUGAUUCUCAUUAUACAUCACCAUCCAACUGAAAGUGAUCUCAUACUGAUGUACAGGGAGAGAAAAAGAAAUUAAAAGGUUAACAUUUAUUGCUUUGCUUCAUUCUAGUCAUAGCAAUUAUGUCACUUUAGAUAUAAUCCUAUGACACUGAUC